GGAUGCAAUCCGCCGAAAAGAAGAAAACCCGGAAGUAGGAAUUAUUAUUUUGGUUUUUGUCGCGGCGGGAAACCUAGGAAGUAAACAAACUGAACGGUAAGAAAUCUUGACCAUGCCGUCCAAACAGCAGGAUGUGGCCAAAUCUAACAUCUCCCCAGUUCUAUUCAUGGCCGUAGACGGUGAACCCAUGUCCUUCUUCUUGCGGCCGGGUCCUCUUAAACUCCAGCUCCAGCCUCUCAUCACAGCUGGAGGAGGGAUGUUGUGCAGCAUCCAGCAGCCGGGGGCGAUCCUGCUGAUUGACCCGGACGAAAGAGGCUCCAUUCCUGAAACUACUGCUCACUGGUACGUGUCCACCAAGUACAUUCACGACUGUAUUGAGAAGGAUGAACAGAUGAGUUUAGAGGACUACAGGUUACAUCCUGAAGUGGUCCCGAGACAGUCUGCUAGACUCCAUAAUAUCAAAGAGCGCUCUCCUGGACUCUUAGGAGGCAGGAUUCCCUACACAACUGAAGAUGACGCUGCCAUUUUGAGUUAUGUCAGCAAGCACAAGACAGAAAUCGGGGGAAACCGGCUCUGGCAAGAGAUGGCGAAGCAGCGAGUGACCAGUCACAGCUGGCAGUCGAUGAAAUACCGUUACAGAAUACAACUGGCUAAGAAACAGUCAGAGGUUGUGGAGGUGACAGCAAAAGAGGAAGAGAGCGAGGCAGCAGAGAGAGAGAUCAAGGUGGAAGAAAAUCAAGAGACAGAUGUUGAAAAACCCUCCAGGGCAGAAGAUGCUGCUUCUCCUCAGAAACAUUCAACAGAAUCAGACCAAACACAGAUAGAUGACCAGUUUAUACCGGCUGAAAGCACACAACCAGAAACUGUAGAAGGUCAAACAUCUGUCUCUCCGGAAGGAGAAGUCCAACACAUGAACCCACAGACUGAUAAACAACCAGCUGGAAGCGCACAAGUAGAGACUGAAGUAUUUAACUCCCCCCAACCUGAGGGACCUUGUUUUGACCCUCAGGCAGAUGCUCCCCCUAUUCCAGCUGAGAGCACAGAACCAGAAACAGAUGAAACACAAACAAAAGUCUCUCCUCAAAAAGACAGCGUGCCAGUGGACUCGCCGCCAGCUCAGCCCAAGUCUCUGCCCAGCACCUCUUCUCAGAAGAAGCCAAAAGAGAAACAGGAGUCCUCCCCCAGGCUGGAACAACCACCGCGCCGAUUAACACGCAGGCAGCUUCAGCUUGACGAGUCUCCUGAGCCGUACGGCAAAAAACUCAGAUCGGCAUCAAGUUCUGCUGAGCAAUCGUCGUCAUCUCCCCAGCCCUUGAGGAAAACGAAAGAAGCUGUUAAAUCCGCUCUUCAAAAAGACACGACAGUCGACCAGCCGCCUACUAAGAGAGCCAGAGGAAAGAGUGUGUCAGAGACAGAGAGUCAACAGGAGGAGAGUGGACAAGCUACGGUCUCUGAAACAACACAAGCAGAAUCUGAUUCAGUGCCACAGAAAGCGGAGAAGAAAAAAGAAAAGAGAAAGUUGGGGAUUCUAGAGCUGGCUACAAAGGAGUUUGAAGAUGAAAAUGAGUCUGAUGAGGAUGAAACUCCUGACCUCCAAAACCCAACUGAAACAGCAACGAAGCAACCCACAUCGACAAAACCCCCCGUCCCCUCGUCAGACCCGGCUGUGUCCACACAGUCCAACCCUGAACGUGGACCUGGCCUCCAAGAGAACGUGCAGGAGAACCAGGCCUCCAGUAGCAAGUCCCUACCGGAGACAGGCUGCCCUGUACCUGCAGCCACUGAGCCUCCAUCGGCUGUCAAAGCAACCUCCAAAGCCCACCUAUUCAUAUUCGACAAUGAGUCUCAGGAGGAAGACUUUGAAUCCAUUUUUGGUGACAAUAUAGUCAACCUACAGCCAAGAGUGAACAAAGACGCUGCUUUUUCACUGACUCAAGUCCAGUUGGAAGAGGACAAGCAGCUGGUAAGAGAGCUGAUGAAGCAAGCCAACCAGGACUUAGUCAGUGUGACCAAAGCGCUGUUGAAGACCAGCGGAGACUUCUCUGCAGCUCUGGAUCUGCUUUUGGGUCCCCUCUCCAUUUCUGGACCGUUUUGGAAACGGUCUGAUGACGUUCUUUUGCGCUCAGGCGAUCCUGCGGUCCGACAGCAGCUGCAAGAGAAAUUCAGUGAGGAGGAGGUGGCCAAAAGAAUUGUGUUCCUCGAGAUAGAGGGAUGAAAAUGACAGACAGAUUAGUUACAGAUAGAAAGGAGGAGAACAGGAGAUUUGGACAUGUACACACGUAUACUCAUCUAAAAAUCAACUGGUGUGAAAUUAGCGAGUUAGCUGAUAUUGAUCGCAGUGUCUCUGUCUGCGUCGGUUCAUUGCCGCAACCCCUGGUUAACUUUGAAGAGAUGAAUUCAGAAACAUUUGAGGAUUAAAGCAGUUUAAGGGUUUUUUGAGUAAAGUAAAAAGUAAAAGCUAUUGUUUGUGCCAUCCUCUAUACCUUUGUUUUGGGACAGAAUCUUUUUAUGUGUUUUAGCAUGAAAAUACUGUGUCACUUUGUUUUUUUAUGUGCAUUAUGUUUGUUUUAAUGAAAGGAGGGAGUCCAUUCUGGAUCAAGAUACCUGCGAGCAUGAACGCAACCUGUUUGUUUCCCAUUUACCAGAAAAGCACCACAGCAUCUGUAUUUGAUGACGUGCAAAUUAGGCUCAACAAUCAAUCUUUCUCCAGAAUGACUGACCCAAUGUUUUAAAUUGCAUAGUAAAUAGUUUAACAUCAUUUUAAAAGGUGCAUUAUGAAAUAAAUGUCCUUUUUAUAUGUAUUUUCACCACUUACUUGAACAAAUUGCAUUUGAGUGGUUAAAAGGAAAAUGACACUUUAGCCUUGUAUGAAAUCUGUAAUAAGAAGAGCUGUUGUGGUGGCGGAUUAAUGAGAUUAAUGAUUAAUGAGCUAACUUAGUUCCUUUUAACCAAAAGGUGUUGCUGCUUUAAGUGUAGCAUAAUAUGCCUCUUCUACUCUAAGAUUUAGAAAUAUUACUGCAAAGUUCUUGCAUGUUUCAUAUACUAACACAUUGUCUGGUUUUUCUAUGCCAAAGUAAAAAGGUCAGAUGUACAGUAUGUGUGUAUGUGAGCUAUUUCCACUGUAUAUUGAGUCAUUAAGAUCCAUCAGUGCACAUUCUGGACACAACCUCUAAUGCCAAAACAACUACCUGCAUUAAAAGGGCAUUAAAUUAUAUUAUAUUAACACAAAACUCACUCUCUGAACACAUGAAGCCUAUUCUUUAAAUUAGAACAGAUUGAGUGGAAAGUAUUAAAAAAAAAAAGGAAGCGAAUUAGCCUAGAUUUUUAUUCAAUCCACCAUUUUAUUUCAUUUUACCCCCAAUAUCAAUUGAGUACAUUCAUCAGUUUUGAAACAGCCUGCCCCAGACCCACAUGAAUACACUGUAUCAAUAGUUUAAACAAAAUAAACCCACAAAUCUAGGAGAGAUAAGCAAUUAAAUUAAAGCAGACGAAUCAACCACUUAAAAUGAAAUCAACAGGAUAAUGCAAAUGAAACACAAAAACUGUCCAAUACAGUUCUGUAAAUUUUACCCAAAUAAGUAUUGCUGCACCUUUUAUUUCCCCGUCAUGUUUAUGAAAUUAAACAUAGGCAAUAAUUACAUUGAACGGGUAUGCCGAUGAACAUGUAAAACUGUAUGUUGACACCACAGUUAACACAACCGUAUAAUCCCAGUGCUACACUGAUAAAAACCAAUCGUAUAAAACCCUUUUUAGUAUGAAACAUUCACAUCAACCAGGACCUCAUUUACAUACACCUAGGUCACAUACUGUAAGUUGGUCAGGUAAGAACCCAUUUAAUAAAGCAAAACAUACCAAGGUCUCCAGUAAGUAACGGCACACCAUAUAUCCCUGGAUUUAAACAGCUACAUUUUUAUUAUUUUUUUGCUCAGCAUUUACUUGUAAGGACUUUAGAGGAAGCCUCCAAUCAAGCUACAUUCAUUAAGGAGGGUUGCUACAGUUUUAUCGACUGGAUGUCGUUGGAAUUUGACCUGCUUCAAGAGAUGAAAAGGGAGAUAACACACUAAAUGUCUCAUAGAAUUGCUGAUUUUGGGGGGGGGGGCGGGGGGGAUCAGGUAAAUGUCUGCAAACUAACAGAUCUGCAGUAGGUGUGUAUAAACACUGAGACUUUCCAGAGUUAGUAGGAUUCAUAGCUUGAUUUACAUCUUUGUCAUGUUUACUGUACACUUUGCUUUGGUUGGCUGGUUAGUGUGAUGGUCUGAGUGGUAUGUGGGGGCUACAAUCUCAACGAGGAGGAGUGAAAUACAGCAAACUAUUCUGGAUGUUAACAGCCGUACCAUCAAUAAAUAAAGCAUUUCAUGUCAUCGAUACAAAGUACAGUACCAAUAGAAGAAUGGCUCUUUGUUACUUAUCAGGCUGGUUUUACAUCAACUCAAACAUAGAGAGGUUCUCUGUGAGCAGGACUCUUCCUCAUUCUUGUCUUAUAUGAUCAAUUAGUUUUUAUUAUGGGUGAGCUGAUCUGGUCAAUAAGUGACCAAAACGUCUGGAUCAAGUUUUAAUAGUCCUGCGAAAUCAACAAAAAGCAGAAUAUGGCAACAAUAACACACUUUUUGGUUAACGUAGAAUGAUUAAAAAACAGUGAAAAAUACAUUUUCUGCCACAAAUACAAUUAAUUAAUGAUUAGGAUAGACACUGUUUUGAUUAAAAAAACAGUCUGCAUUGCAGCAAUUUAGUUAAAAAAAA